AUGACCUCCAUACCAACAGCGGACGCCCCCAUGGAUGGAGAUCUCCCAACGCUCAGAGGCAAGAAGGGCCUCCCAUAUAAUGAUCCUACAUAUCUUGAUCUUAUCGAAGGUCGUGGAGUCUCCUGGGUAUACAACUGGAAAGCCCUACCUGACGCAACUCUGCCUAGAGGUAUAGAAUACGUGCCGAUGUGUUGGGGCCCAGCAUCAGCAGAAUUAUGCGUUCAGGAUAUUCAGGCAGCGUUAGCAUCUGGUUCGACGCAUGCAUUGUCCUUCAAUGAGCCAGACCAUCACCAGCAGGCAAACAUGACUCCUGAGACUGCUGCAGCGCUCCACAUGGAGAUCUUUGAUGCAAUAUCUACGGCAGUGAAGAUUGGCUCUCCGGCCGUCACCAACGGAGCAGCACCAAUGGGCAUCUCGUGGUUGGAUAGUUUCCUCAAUCUUUGUGUUAACCGGUGCCGCAUUGACUUUGUCACGUAUCAUUGGUACGGCGCUACGCACAGUCUUGACGACUUACAAUCGCACACUCAAGCCGUUGUCGAACUAGCUGCGAGGUAUAACAUAAGCAAGGUCUGGCUGACCGAAUUUGGUACACACUCUGGAAAUUUUGGUGAAGGAGAUUUCCUCAAAGGCGCUCUGAACGUUCUCAAUACCAGUCCCUCGGUUGAGCGAUAUGCUUAUUUCAUGCUGGCGGAAAGGAUUUUGCUGUCGGCAAACAGACUGAAUGAAUUGGGUGAGAUUUAUGUUGGUGUAUAG